AAACCUGUAAAAACUAAGUAAAGCAAAAUAAAAUUAGUUACAUUAGUUACAAAUCCAAACAACGUUCAUUCAAUUAACUAUUUAAAUAACUUCUCUUAAUGCGUACAAAAUAAACAACUUGACCGAAAAUUACAUUUAAAUUAAUAUUAAAAUUUGAUAAAUUGCAGAAAACACGAAAAUUAGUUUUCAGCCAUUGGCGCUCGAGUUUUAAGUUUAAUUAGUUUAAGUUUUCUUACUUUGCAUAUUUUUGUAUUAUUAUUGAGCCAUAAAAAGAGCGAAGCAACAAUACGUGAGUUGCAAUACCCUUUGAAUUGUGUGUUCGCAAUAAUUAUUUUUAAUUUUGUUCUUAAGUCAAGAAUUGUAAACUUUUUUGUUUUAAAUUGUGCUAAAAACUCGACUAUGCGGUGCUCAAUAAUCUCAGGAGUCAGGCAAUUAGCUCAGGCCAAUUACAUCAACAGCUCUAGCUGUAAGGGACGAUGUCCUACAACGAUUUCUUAAAUUCACCGAGAUGUUUGGCUGCUUAAAGAGUGAGUUUCGCGCUAUAUCAAUUUAUUUUACCCCUUCAUCCAUCAUUUGUCAUAUUAUAGCGUUUUUGCUUUCAUCAAUCAUGCAACGCUUUCGUGUCGGAAAUGUAUUAUUUGUUUUCAUCUAAGCAACAAGUUUUUGUGCUGCAUACCCCAAAAAGGAAACGAGUUUUUAUGCCCCAGCAGAGAGUAUUGCACUGCCGACGUGCUGCACCGAGAUUGAAGUCAACAAUCCAUUGGCACCGGUUGUGCGGGAGCACCAAUGAAGACAGCCGGAGGCAGCAUGCCGAUGUCAGGUCACCGCAGUCAGGCGCACCGCACCAAUUGCGGUAAUUGAGCUAAUGACUAAAUAAGGCGGAUGGUUCAGCUGGAGACAAAGCCAGUCCUUAGCACAAGACACGGACACACAUCACGCAUACGCAGCGUGCCACAUGCAAUAUUUAUCUGCAGCAGCAACAGCAGCAACAGCAUCAGCUGCAGCAACCUUCGGCCCGUAGAAAAACUCGUAAAUUUGGCAUAAACCGUACACAGAGAGCCAGAGCCAUAGCCGGUGCCGACAUGGAGACCAUUAUGUCAACAUUUCCCACGCUGACAUCGGACGAUGGCAGCCUCUGGAUAACUAGCGCCCUCUCCGAGAUGCUCACCAGCAGCAGCAGCAACAGCAGCGAGGCGGCACAGAACGCAACGCUCGUUGCAGCAGCAGCGGCAACAACAACAACAGUCGCAGCGGCAGCGGCAGCGGCAGCUGCAAAUGCUUCAACAGCAGCCACAGCGAAUGUUACCAAAGUUCAUGACAAGCAUUCGCAUGCUGUGAAUGACAGCGAGACAGAUCUGAGUGCAUAUCCCGGCUAUAUACACUAUCGCGACAAAUACGAUCUGGACUAUAUAGCAAAGGUGAAUCCGUUUUGGCUGCAAUUCGAACCACCUGGCACUAGCUCGUUCUACAUCAUGGCCGGACUUUACUGCCUCAUCUCGGUGGUGGGCUGCUUUGGCAAUGCGUUUGUCAUCUUCAUGUUCGGCAGCCGCAAAUCGUUGCGUACACCGGCCAAUAUACUGGUCAUGAAUCUGGCCAUAUGCGAUUUCCUGAUGCUGAUCAAGUGCCCAAUUGCCAUCUACAAUAACAUACAAGAGGGUCCGGCCCUGGGCGACAUGGCCUGUCGCAUCUAUGGAUUUGUGGGCGGACUCAGCGGCACCUGCGCCAUUGGAACACUGACGGCCAUCGCUCUGGAUCGCUAUAAUGUGGUGGUGCAUCCGCUGCAGCCGCUGCGCCGCUAUUCGCGCCUGCGAUCCUAUCUGAUCAUCAUACUGAUCUGGUGCUAUAGUUUUCUGUUUGCCGUGAUGCCCGCCCUGGAUGUGGGUCUGUCUGUCUAUGUGCCGGAGGGCUAUCUGACGACCUGCAGCUUUGACUAUCUCAACAAGGAGACGCCGGCACGCAUCUUUAUGGCGCUCUUCUUUGUGGCCGCCUACUGCAUACCCUUGAUCUCGAUUGUCUACUCCUACUUCUACAUACUGAAGGUGGUCUUCAUGGCGAAUCGCAUACAGUCCAACAAGGAUAAGGCCAAAACCGAGCAGAAACUCACGUUUAUAGUGGCUGCCAUUAUUGGCCUGUGGUUCAUUGCCUGGUCGCCCUACGCAAUUGUCGCCAUGAUGGGCGUCUUUGGCCAGGAGCAGCACAUCACGCCGCUGGGCUCCAUGAUACCUGCGCUCUUCUGCAAAACGGCCGCCUGUGUGGAUCCCUAUCUGUAUGCCGCUACGCAUCCCAGAUUUCGUGUUGAGGUUCGUAUGCUCAUGUAUGGGCGUGGCGCUUUGCGGCGCGUGUCCACCACACGCUCCACCUAUAUGACACGCUCCUUCACGCACCGCAUGCGCCACACAUCCGGCGAUGGCGAGAACCGCGCUGAUCCCUACACUUUGAACAACAACCUAAUGAUGGUGCCCGAGGAAACGGAGGAGAACGACGAGAUAAUCGUUGUGGCCGAAAUCAAUAAUUCCACCUCGAUAGCUAUGGAACAGAGUAAGUUCUAAAGAAGCUUGCCACAUCAAUUGGUUGACGGCCGAAAGAGGUAAUCAAUAUUUUUCUACUACUUUUAUUGAUAAUACUAUGUAGAGAGAGGGGGGAGAGUGGGAGGGAGACAGGGCAAAACGUGAUCAAAUGUAGAAUAGUAUAUGACCGUAAACAAGAAUUUUAAGUGGCCGAGCUUAAAAAAUCGAGUUAUUAUUCUGUUUAUAUAUUUGCAAUCAAAUUAACAUAUAAUAUAGAACAUUUUAAUUAAAUUAAAUUAUUAAUGUUAGUAGAGCUUGCUUUAACUAAUUAAGCUCGCAUUUGCCCUUUAAAGGAGACUCGGAAGUCGGGAAGUAAAUAUUCCAUAUUUCCAAAAUUAAUCAAAUAAGCUCAUAUUAAAGAUGUCGCAGUUGAAUAUUUUGCAAAUAUGCUCAGCUAUUGUGUUUCACCUGAAAUUGCGCUAGAUUUCGAUUCAAAAGAAACACGAAAUGAGAAACCAGCCCGUUGUAUUAUUUAGCAUUAAUGGCAGCCGCCGUUUUUGUCGUGUUUCUCUGCCGAGCAAAGCAAUUAUAACCAACUAAUAGAUAUACAUAUAAAUAUAUAUGUGUAUAAAUUCCCAUUCCAUGCAAACAUAAUACAACAAUAAACAAAAUUCUUAUGGGGCGCAUGGGCAUGGCAACGAAGUGAUAGAAAACAUGUUAAAUGAGCUUAACGAAAAUGUUUCCGAGUAAAAUGCUUAAGUGAGUAUUUAGUAUAUGCUAAGGCCAUGUAUGAGCAAAACCUUAAGCAGGUGCUCGUUAUGUCUAGUUAAUAAGUAUCUACUAAUUAGUUAUGUAUAGGUACAAGCUAAAAUGUAUCUUGUGGAUACUUGCGAGUCUGAUACGUACUAUCAGGGAAAGUCUAACUAAUCCUACCACACAAUGUAGGCACUUGAGAAAAAUAAACCUACACAAUACAUGUGUACAUGCGUAUGCGUACAUGCGUAUGCUUACAUGCGUACAUGCGUACACAUAGACAUGUACACAUGUAUUAUGUACAUUUGUUCGCGGCAUGUAUCGAAAUUAAUUUGUGUCAAAGUGUCACAUUUCAUCAAGAAACCUAACUCAAAUUAUUCAAUUAAUGUCACAAUUGGAAAUGCCUUAAAGGCCGAUAAGCAUAUUAAGAUUUGUAAGCGAAUCAAUAAUAUAUUUAUGUAUUUAUUUAAAUGCAAAUAAUAAUGCCGCAUAUGAUCAUAUUGUGCAGUAGUUGAAAUCGUAAUGCAAAUUUUAUGUAUAAAUGCAGAUAUGCAAAUAUUUGUGUGCAUAUAUUUAAGUACAAAUAAAUACAUAUGACAAUGCAAUUGAUAUUGUUAUACACUUCAUAUUUACAAUUUUGACUAAAAGUACAGCAAAUUUAUAGAUGUCUAAACUAACUGUUUGUUUUAGCAAAAGGACCUCGACCAGGUCUUUAACGGAGUACUUGUACCUAAAGAAAUAAAACCAAUUUAAUGAAAGCCAUUUAAGCUAUGAAAUUGAAUCUAAAUAUUUGUAAGCGGCAAUAUUAUACGAAUUUAUACCCUUUAAGUGUUUUCUGCUUAAAUUUACAUAUACAUAUUUAUAUAGCUGUAUAUAUAUAGAUGUCAUCUAGUAAAUAAGUACAUAAUAUAGCUAUAUCUUUGAUGUAGUCACAACAAGAGAACAAUAGUAAAAUAUGCUAAAAGAGACCUGAAAAAAUUGUAAUUACACGAGCAAAAGUGAGGCCAAAGGUUAGUCGAUGUCUAAAUACCCUAACAAAGCUUUUUCUAUUAUUCCAUAAGUUGCCGAGAUUUGAAUGGAAAAUAAGUAGAAAAUCUUGCAUCGUUUUGAGGCGCUUUACUUUCGGGCAUAUCGAAGAGAGUUUUUUUUUUUAUUUUUAAUUAAAACUGUUAUCAUUAAUCAAAAAGCCAAUAUGCCAGCUGCAAGAUUAUUUCGAAGAGGCAUAAAAAAAAGCCUUUGUAACAACCGCACGUGUAUUUCCAUGUUUUUCCUAAAGAGAACAAUGAAACGACACAGCUGCAUCGAAUAUUUGCUGCAACUGUCCGCAAAUGCAAAAAAUAAUGAAAAGAAAAGAAAAGCCAAACAAAUAAAUGCAAGCUAAAACAAAAAGAAACAUCUAAUUAGCAUAUUUUAAAAUGCACUCUGCCCGGCUUUGUGCAUGUGCUUAAGUUUUUGUUGAACUUGACGAAACCUAAUUUGUAUUUAUACAAUAUGCUUACCAUAUGCUUAUGCUUGUAUCUCUUUUUUUUUUCUGAACUUAAAGCGUUUAUAAACGAAUAAAUGUAUUAAAUAAA